AUGGAGCACAAUGAGGUUGUUGGUUUAUCCAUAGGGGUGGUAUUGAUAUGGGUUGCGUGGUCAAUAAUAUUGUCGGUAACCCAUCUUCGACGACGUCGUUUGGAGGAGGUAGCAGGGCACCUCCCACCUGGGCCAAGGUGGUGGCCCGUGGUGGGCAACAUAUUCCAACUGGGUUUGGGGCCACCCCACGAAUCAUUUGCCAUGUUGGCCCGAAACCACGGCCCAAUCAUGACACUUUGGCUAGGAUCCAUGAGCACCGUAGUGAUCUCGUCGAGCCAAGUGGCCCGUGAAAUGUUCAAAAACCACGACGUGGUCCUAGCCGGUCGAAAAAUCUACGAGGCCAUGAAGGGUGAUUAUGGCAACGAAGGCUCACUGAUCACGGCCCAAUAUGGACCUCAUUGGCGCAUGUUAAGGCGCUUGUGCACGACUGAGUUCUUCGUGACAAGUCGCCUCGAUGCCAUGUGUCGUGUACGUGCCAAAUGUAUCGAUGGAAUGGUGCAGUUCAUAGAGGAUGCUGCAUCGGAAAUAAGUACCAAAACUGAUGGCAUUGAUUUGGGUAGGUUCAUUUUCUUGAUGGCUUUUAAUCUGAUUGGGAACCUCAUGUUUUCUAAGGACCUAUUGGACCCAAAAUCGGAGAGAGGGGCUAUGUUUUUUUACCAUGCAGGAAAGGUUAUGGAGUUGGCUGGGAAGCCAAAUAUGGCAGAUUUCUUUCCAAUUUUGCGUUGGCUUGACCCACAAGGCAUCAGGAGGAACACCCAAUUCCAUGUGGAAAAGGCCUUUGAAAUUGCAGGUGAGUUUAUAAGAGAAAGAAUGGAGAUAAUGGAGAAUGGAGAAUAUGAUGGCAUAGAGAAGACAAAAGAUUUCUUAGACGUACUAUUGGAAUACCGUGGUGAUGGUGUUGACGAGCCCUCUAGGUUCUCUUCUUCAAGAACCGUCAAUGUCAUUGUUUUUGAGAUGUUCACUGCAGGAACUGACACAACCACGAGCACACUAGAGUGGGCAAUGGCAGAGCUUCUUAACAACCCAAAAACCCUAAAAAAGGUUCAAGCCGAGCUAAGAAGCACCAUAUCCUCCAGCGACAAGCUCCAAGAGAAAGACAUUGAAAACCUCCCAUACCUCAAAGCAGUCAUCAAAGAAACCCUAAGGCUCCACCCACCCCUUCCCUUCCUGGUCCCACACAUGGCCAUGGACUCUUGUAAAAUGCUAGGGCACCACAUUCCCAAAGGCACCCAAAUUCUGGUCAACGUCUGGGCCAUUGGACGUGACCCAAAGACAUGGGAGGACCCUCUGCUUUUCAAGCCUGAGAGGUUCUUGGAGCCCAACAUGGCCGUUGAUUAUAAAGGGCAGCAUUUUAAGUUCAUCCCAUUUGGUUCUGGCCGUCGGAUGUGCCCUGCUGUGCCACUAGUCUCUAGGGUACUCCCUCUGGCUCUAGGGUCACUCUUGCACUCGUUUGAUUGGGUUUUACCAGAAGGGCUUGAGCCAGAGAAUAUGGAUAUGGCUGAGAGGAUGGGGAUCACACUUAGAAAAUCUGUCCCUUUGAAGGUUAUACCUAUACCUUACCAAGGGCAUGUGGGAUGCUCAAUCUAA